AUGGAUCCCAAAAUUCAGAGAAUAACAGACAUAAUGAAGGCCUUAGAGUCUGGGACUGUAAUGUUUAAGUUCAAACGCAGAAGGCCUCCAGAGAAACGUAUUUUUACUUUGAGAUUGACAACAUUUGAAAUCCUUCAAUUUCCAUUUCCAAGCAGAGGUCGAGCUAUCAUUGAAGACACAGUUGAUGUGAGAGAGAUCAGAGAAGUUAGAGAAAGUGUAGAAUCUUUGGAUUUCAAGAAAGGCCAAGAGGAUUUAAAAUUAGUUGACCCCCAGUGCUGUUUUAUUAUUUUAUAUGGCUCAGAAUUUCGUCUCAAAACACUAAGUGUUGCUGCUCUGUGUAGAGAAGAGAGAGAUGCUUGGAUAGAUGCUUUAAAACAUAUUAUGCAUCCUACUAACUUUCAGACGCAGCACUUGACAAACAGUGUUGGUCCAGUUGAAUUAAAGAAAUUUUUCCAACAAGCUGGUCACAAAGGAAACAUGUUAAAAGUCCGACAAAUUAUGCAGGACUUUGAUUCUACAAGAACAGGUGUUCUGACGUGGGAUGAUUUUGGUCGUAUGUAUCAUUAUCAUAUCUAUGAUGAGCAGAUUGGACGUAAAUUUCAUAACUAUUGCUCAGAUCAAACUCACUUCACUUUUAAAGAACUCUUGACUUUUUUUAGAGAUGAACAAAAGGAACCUCAUUCAACAGAUCCAGCCUCCUUAGUAUGGGACUUUGUCAAUUUAGCUGGUGGACAUCGUGAUCCUAGACAACCUUCUCUCACUUUGCCAGAAUUUGUUAAUUUCCUAUUCUCAAAAAGAAAUUCUAUUUUCAAAGAUGAAUGCAGCACUGUGUAUCAAGAUAUGGACCGCCCACUUAAUCAUUAUUGGAUAGCGUCAUCACACAACACGUACUUGACUGGUAAUCAGUACUCAAGUGAAUCCUCUGUUGAAGCAUAUGUGAGAGCUCUACGACAAGGUUGUCGCUGUAUUGAACGUAAACCUUUUGUGUAGUGGGACUGCUGGGACGGUCCUGAUGGUCCUAUAAUUUUCCACGGCAAAACUUUGACUUCUAAAAUCAAGUUUACUGAUGUUGUACAAGCCAUUGGAGAACACGCUUUUGCUGUAUCUGAAUAUCCUCUCGUAUUAUCUAUUGAGCAACAUUGUGAUGUACAACAACAAAGGUUUCAAGCCAAUUAUUUUAAACAAAUAUUUGGAGAAAACGGUCUCCUCUACAUGCAAGAUCCUAUUAACAAGAAAUGGUCUCCACAUUAUUUUGUUUUAAGUCAUGAUAAAUUGUCUUUUACUGAACAACAAGAGAAAGAGGAAGACCCUGAACAAUCUGAAGAUCAAGAGUUGGCUCCUACAGAGAUGCAUUUAAAACAACCCUGGUUUCAUGGCAAACUAACUAAAGGCAGAGAUGAUGCAGAAGUACUAUUAGUUGACUAUCAAGGUGUCAAUGGGGCAUUCCUGGUACGAGAGAGUGCAACAUUUGCUGGAGACUACUCUCUAUCAUUUACUCGAGAUCACAAAUACAAUCAUGUUCGUAUCCAUACAAAGUCUGAAGGUGGCAAGACAAAAUAUUACCUCACUGACCACACCCUCUUUGACUCCAUCUAUGAACUAGUCGAACAUUACAGACAAGCUCCAUUGCGUAGCCCACAAUUUGAACAAAUCCUUAGCACUCCAGUCCCUAGAAAACCAUGGUUCAACAAAGAUGUCUCAAGUAGGAAAGCAGAAGAAAUGUUAAAGAGAGUUAGAAUGGAUGGUGCAUUUUUGGUACGUCCCUCGGGUGCAGGUCAGGAGUCAUUAAAGGAUGAUCAUUAUGCGAAAAAAACAUGGGCCAUAAGUUUUAGAGCUGACAAAAAAAUCCGUCACUGCAGAUUUUGUGAAGAGAAUGGUCAGUUUACUAUUGGGUCAGCAACCUUUGAUAGUAUGUCAGAACUGAUUUCAUAUUAUGAGCAGAAUCCUUUGUACCGUCGUAUGAAGUUAAAGUACGCCAUUAAUGAAGAUAUCCUGAGACAAAUUGGACAGGAUCCAGACAACAGUUUAUAUCACUCUGCAGUUUAUUUUACGUUAAAUGAAGAACAAGCUAAGACUGUAUCAGUACGUGCUCUCUAUGACUACAAUGCCAUGAUGAGUGACGAAUUAUCUUUCUGUCGUGGUGCCGUCAUUACUAAUGUUGAGAUAUUAGAAGGUGGAUGGUGGUGUGGAGAUUAUGGCAAGUUCACACGAGGGUGGUUCCCGGCAAACCACGUUGAGGAGAUUAAAACAGAAGAAAUUGAAGAGCAGGAAGAGAAGCAGCUGGGAAAUUUACAACAAGGAGCUAUUAAUAUUGUUGGUUGUAUGACUGAGCUGUCUCAACCUCCUGGCUCUAAAUAUUACGUAUUGAAAAUAUUCCCUGGGGCUAGUUCCGGGAUAGGACAACCUGGUUUGGAGGUGUCUGCUGAAACUAUGGAAGAUAUCUUGCAGUGGAAGGGUGCUAUUGAUGCUGCCAGUAACAAGGCCACUAGUAUGAUUGAUAAAAUGAACAAACAGCAAAGAAUUCAAGGAAUUGCUCAAGAGAUGUCUGAUAUUGUAGUCUAUUGUCAACCAACUAAAGAUUUUGACAUUGAUAAUCCUCUUAAAGGCAAAUAUUACCAAAUGACUUCAUUUGUUGAGAACAGACUUGAUCGCUAUGUUAAAAAUAAAGAACAUGUUGAUAAUUUUGUUGUAUAUAGUCGAGUACAAAUGAGUCGAGUUUAUCCCAAAGGUCAACGCCUUGAUUCAUCAAAUUAUGAUCCCAUGCCAAUGUGGUGUGCAGGAUCUCAACUUGUGGCAUUGAAUUAUCAGACUCCAGAUAAAUCCAUGCAGUUGAAUGAGGGUCGUUUCAUGCAAAAUGGGAGGUGUGGCUAUGUUUUGAUGCCAGACUGUCUUCUAUUUCAAGAAGGGUUUAACCCUUAUGAUGCAACUACACACAAAACUGAACCUAGUACUAUAAUCCUUACUAUAAUUGGCGCCCGACAUUUAGUCAAACCUGGGCGUGGUAUCGCAUCGCCUCUAGUUGAAGUAGAAAUAAUUGGUAUGCCUUGUGACAACAGCAAGUACAAAACUCAACAAAUAGAUUACAACAGUUUCAAUCCUAUAUGGUUUGCAAAGUUUGAAUUUGAUAUUAAUAAUCCUGAAUGUGCUCUCUUGAGGUUUGUGGUACAAGACCUUGAUGUGUUUGGUGAUCCUAUUGAUCUGGGACAAGCAGUUAUACCGGUACCUUGUCUGAAGACUGGAUUUCGCUCGGUGGCUUUGAAAAACCCACAUUCUGAAGAACUGGAGUUGGCGAGUUUGUUAGUGCAUUUGGAAAUGAGAAAAGCCAAUGAAGAUGAAGAUCUUUAUUGUACGAUCAGAAGUCUACAAGAGAACAUACAGCAACUCAACACACAAAUGAGCAUGGUUGCUACACAAUAUAACUCUCAAGGUGCUAUGAAACAAUUAGCUGAUUUAUCAGAUCAAAUGCAAGACAGUCAGACACAAUUAAGAAAACUUCGUGAUGCUAGAACAAAACAACAGUAA